CCGUCUCUGUUGCUGUUCCUGCGUCUGCCGAGGUGCCAGCGGUCGGCUCUGCUCCAUGCUGCAGCCCUCCUUCCAUGCCCACAGCAGCCUUUAUUCUGGUCGUCGGGGAGAGGGGAGAGGGAGGGAGAGAGGUAAAGUUAGGGCAUCUCUUUGCCUUGUUCUUCAGUCACUUCUUCUCCACGCCUCCCUGGCACCGGCAUCCUGCACAGAUUACACCUCCCCAAAAUGUUCAACGGGGAGGCCAGUUCUUCAGCCAGGAAUGUCAUCCGCAGUUCCAGCAUCAGCGGAGAGAUGUAUAACCUGGAAAAGGGAAAUCCUGGAACCACAGAUGCAGCUGGGGUUACCACAACAAAGAAGAGAAGGUCCAGUCUUGGAGCCAAGAUGGUGGCCAUUGUGGGACUGUCACAGUGGAGUAAGAGUACCCUGCAGUUAAACCAACCUGAUGGAACCACCAAGAAGCUCCGCAGUAAUAUUCGGCGCAGCACAGAGACAGGUAUUGCAGUGGAGAUGCGGAAUCGUGUGACCAGACAGGGGAGUCGGGAAUCCACAGAUGGCAGCACAAACAGCAACAGCUCUGAUGGCACUUUUAUCUUCCCCACAACCCGGCUUGGAGCAGAAAGCCAGUUCAGCAAUUUCUUGGAUGGACUGGGACCAGCGCAGAUUGUGGGGAGACAGACGUUGGCUACACCCCCUAUGGGGGAUAUCAAUAUCAGGAUGGUAGACAGAAAUGGCCAGCUGGAGGUGGAGGUGAUCCAGGCACGAGGACUCACCCCAAAACCAGGCUCCAAAGCAAUUCCAGCUCCAUACAUUAAGGUCUACCUGAUAGAAAAUGGAAUGUGCCUGUCCAAGAAGAAGACCAGGUGUGCAAAGAAAACAUGGGAUCCAGUUUACCAGCAAGCUCUUCUGUUUGAUGAAGGGCCUCAGGGGAAGGUCUUACAGGUAAUCGUUUGGGGAGACUAUGGCCGAAUGGACCACAAAUGCUUCAUGGGGAUGGCACAGAUCCUGUUGGAAGAGCUAGAUCUGAGUUCCAGUGUUACAGGCUGGUACAAACUAUUUCCCACUUCUUCACUGGCAGACUCCAGCAUUGCUCCUCUCACCCGCCGACUCUCUCAGUCCUCUUUGGAGAGUUCCACAAGCCCAUCCUGUACUUAACAAGUGGUAGACUAUACCUUAAUUCCACUCUCCCCUAUGCCCCUAUGGCAUUAGAUGCAAGGCUGCCAUUUUAAUGCUAGUGGAAAAAAAAGGAAAAAUCAAAACCUAACAUUUUAGAGACUGUUAUUGGGAAAUUAAAGAUGGACUAUGUUCCAUAUAAGCUAAACCAGGAUAUAUU